AUGGGCUCUGCAGAUGCAGGAGGCAUGGAUCACUUUGCAGACCCGAGCGACCCAAACACGGAGUUAUCUACUAUCCCGUCGCCAUUGGUUGACUCUCGUCCAUUGGCCUCCACGGCAGGCAGUGGGGGAGAUAUUGAACGCCGGGAAGAUCCAGCCGCUGCAGGCCAGUUCAAUGCGGCGGGAAGGAAGGCUACCGUGUCAGCGGUGCUUGUAGUCGUUGGUUCAUUCUGCUUGACUGUUGCUACUUACGGGCUGAUGUCUGCAAUGGGAUUGUGCCAAGUGUACUGGCAGGAACAUCAAUUAUCACAUCUGUCGCCGACCGAGAUAUCAUGGAUCGGCUCUGUCUUUGCUUUUCUGGAUUGUCUUCUGGGCCUCCCUUUUGGGCUAGUCUUUGAUCGAUGGGGAUCUAGAUUUGUCCUCCCGGCUGCAUCUGUUGUGUACUGGCUAUCCCUCCUCUCGCUGGCGUGGUGUACCACGUACGGUCAUUUCAUGGCUUGCUUCAUUAUUGCUGGGAUAAGUGGUGCCGUGCCCACGACUGUGGCUUUCUGCGUGAUUGAUCAUUGGUUCAGCCGCCAUAGAGCCUUCGCCAUGGGUAUCGUCACCACAGGGGCGCCGAUAGGAGGAAUCCUCUUCUCCCUCGUCUUCAGGAGCCUCUUCACCCGCUUCGAGUGGAAGACUUCCGCGUAUUGCUUCUCGUCUAUGGUUGCUUUGCUCGUCCUCGUGGGCUCGCUCCUGGUCAAGAGCAAACCAACCGAGUACAACCCAAUCUUUUGGGACUUUGGGCAUCUCCGCGGCCCAGACUUUCUUCUCUUCACCUUUGCUAAUUUUGGUAAUGUGUUACUCCCCUCAUGUGCAUCAUGCUCGGCUGACACAGGUGGGCGUCAAGUGUUUGAGCUAGUCCUCUACACACAAUGGGGGUCACUUCCCGUCUUUGCUUCACUCAUAGGUAUUGGAGAUGUAUUCUACCUACAGGUGGCAUACAACAUUGGAGCAACCCUGGGGCGUACGGCGCCGACCUGGCUAGCAGUCAGAUGGGGUCCGGUUAAUGUUGUAUCUUUCAUGACGAUCUUCACGCUUUCUGUCAUAUGUGCCGUCUGGAUCCCGUUCGGAGAUCAUAAUGCUCCUGCCCUUUACGUCGUUGCCUUUGGUAUGGGUGUAGGGACAGGGUCAUUCGUCCCACUUGCUGGUUCGGGCUAUGGCAAGUGGUUUGGCUCUAGCUACGCAGCUGCAAGUGUUGGUUCUCUCAUUGGCAACCCGAUCAACCAGGCUAUCCUGGAGAAGGGAGGUCUGAAAGGUGCUGGGCCAAAGCUGAGUGUUGCAUUCCAGGGCAUCCUGCUGCUUCUCGCGCUCACUGCCUGCUGCUGUGUAAGGUGGGUAUGCCUGCAUCGCAGAUGGCUGUGGCUGGCCAAGGUUUGA